CCCGUAAAACAAUCAACAUAAUCGACACACCUUUGAACGGGACUAUCAACCACUCAUUUAAUACAACCUCCUCCCUUCUACCGCGCCCAGAAUGCUUCUGUCAUCUCAUGUCUGUUAACCACCAUAGGUUCAGCAGGAUUGCAGGGGAUUAACACGGUUACCAAGUUUAUUAUCGUCCCAAGCGACGAAACAUGGCCGGAGGCUUCUUUUUCCUCCGCAGUUUCCUUUGCGUGGUGCUUUCUGGAUCCGCAGGGUCUUGUAUCCGACAUUCCAUUCAGGCUGAAUCUCCUGAGCUGGCGGGGGCUGGGAGCUACCUCUCAAAAGGCUCCGUGGCGCAGACUGACCUGACGGGAUCCUCGGCUCUGAUUCCGGACCGAAAUGAGAAACUGAGAGCGGAUGAGACGCUUUCUCUCCAAGCCAGUGAGCACAAAGUUCUGAGACGCACAAAAAGACGCUGGAGUCCCCUGCCUUUCAACAUAAAAGAGAACGAGCCACCGCCUUUUCCAAGGGAAGUGGAACUGAUCGGGUCCGACAGUUCGGCGAAUUACUCGGUGUACUACCAGAUCAGCGGCCCGGGGGUGACGGAGCCCCCCGUGGGUCUGUUCACGGUGGACCCCGACACCGGGAUGCUGAGCAUGCACCGCACCGUGAACCGGGAGGACCACCAUCAGUUUGUGUUCAUCGCCAGAGUGUAUGACCGGAGAACGAAGGAGGAGACUGAUCGCCCGCUGCCGAUCACGGUGAACGUGCAGGACAUCAACGACAACCCUCCGGUGUUAUCCGGCUCCCUCUCCAUAUCCAUGCCGGAACGUUCCAGUGCAGGAACGAGAGUUGGGAAAAUAAAUGUUACUGACACUGAUGAGCCAGGCACACUUCACACAAAGGUCCGGUUCACACUCCUCGACGAGACAGAUCUGUUCAGAAUCAACCCUGAGACUGGGGAAGUUUAUACAAAAACCAAUUCUCUUGACAGGGAGGUGCAGGACACGUAUUUGCUUACUGUGGAACUACAAGACAUGGACGGAGCAUCCGACGGACUGUCCACCACAGGAACAGUCACCAUCAUAUUAACUGACAUAAACGACAACCCGCCUACUUUCAAAGAGAAAAAGCACACGGCGACGGUUAAAGAGAACACAGCAGACGUCUUGGUUCUCAGAAUCCCAGUAGACGACAAGGACCUGGAGAAGACUCCUAACUGGAACGCGGUGUACAAGAUCAAAAAGGGGAACGAGAACGGGAAUUUCAGGAUGGAAACGGACCCUAACACUAACGAGGGACUUCUUUACGUUAUUAAGCCUUUGGAUCACGAGGUCAGUAGUAAUGUGAAGCUGGAAGUGAUGGCUAUGAACGAGGCGGAUCUCGUUGGCACCAAAGCAACGUGGGCCACGGUCCCAGUGGACCUGACUGUGAUAGACGAGGACGAAGGCCCAGAGUUCUCCGCCCCCAUCCUGAGCCUCCGGGUGAAAGAGAACGUGGAGAACGGAACGGUCAUCGGGACUUACGUAGCGACUGACCCAGAAACCAAGAGCAGCGAAGGCAUUAAGUACUACAAGAUGACAGACAUUGGUUCCUGGAUUGAUGUGGAUGAGAACACAGGAAGCCUGACCACCCUCACCACUUUGGACAGGGAGUCUCCAUUGGUAAUAGACAGUCUGUAUAACAUCACAGUGAAAGCAGUCGACGCAAGCUCAAAGACAGGCACAGGGACCGUCCUGAUCCAGAUCGAAGACAUUAAUGACAACGCGCCGGUGAUCCCGGCAAAGGGCAUGGUCCUGUGUGAGGGCGGAGACACAAGCUCGGUGCUGGUGGAGGCGGUGGACAGCGACGCUGACCCCUUCUCCGGCCCCUUCAGCUUUGCCCUCCCCAAAGGGCAUGAUGGGAAAUGGAGGCUUACAGAUGUGACAGCCACCUCGGUGAGGCUGGAGCCGGCCCAGGACUUGCCGACGGGCGUGUACAGCGUCCCGCUGCGGGUGGAGGACCUGCAGGGCUUCGGGGAGACGCAGACGGUGACGGUGCGGAUCUGCCACUGCCACGGAGGGGAGUGCCCCGCCCGGACCAGCUCCGUCUCCCUGGGAGCGUGGGCCAUCCUGGCCAUGCUGCUGGGCCUGGCCCUGCUCCUGCUCCUGUGCCUUUGCUGUGCGCUUGCAUGUACGAUGCAGAGGGAGAAAAUAUACAUCGAUGACGUCAGCACGGGCAUGCUGCUGAAGUCCAACACUGAGGCCCCUGGAGAGGAGGUGAAUUCCAGCAUCAUGGUGAUCCCGGCUUCGGCUGUGGACGGUUCGGUGAAGAUGGGCCACAUGAACGGCCUGGCGACCAUGAGCUCCAGCACUCUGGGCAAACAGAACCAGGUGUUCCAGGAGGGCAUGGCCCAGUCCGCCGGGCUGCAGGAGGUCUCCAUGAUGGACACGCAGAACAUCUACAGCUCGGCCCGGUACGGGUCGGGUUUCUACGGCUCGGGGAAGUACAGCUCCGCUCAGUACACCGGGACAAUGCGAUCGUCUCACGCUGAAGGGUACGCUCUGCAUGAACAUGCCGGAUUCUCCUCUUUGGACACAUGGAGGACAAACGACUUGUAUCUACAAAAGAAACUGGUGUUCCUCGCGGCAGAGGACGAGGGGCGGUACGCGGACGACCAGCCGCUGGAGUUUGAGUACGAGGGGCAGGGUUCCCCCGCGGGGUCGGUGGGGUGCUGCAGCGACCAGGCGCAGGACGAGAGUCUGGAGUUCGUAGACACGCUCGGCUCCAAGUUCAAAACGCUGGCAGACGUCUGCACUCAGGAGUGAGGGCCUUCACUGACUGUGGCUGGGUUAAAAAAAAAGUCUACUCAAAGUCAAAUGUUACACUGAUGUAUUAACACGGUGCUCUGGGUUAAAAACUCUACUCAAAGUCAAAUAUUACACUGAUGUAUUAACACGGUGCUCUGGGUUAAAAACUCUACUCAAAGUCAAAUGUUACACUGAUGUAUUAACACUGUGCUCUGGGUUAAAAACUCUCCUCAAAGUCAGAUGUUACACUGAUGUAUUAACACUGUGCUCUGGGUAAAAAUCAUACUCAAAGUCAAAUGUUACACUGUUGUGUUAAAACUGCUUUAUGGAAAAAAAGCUCUACUCAAAUCCAACCAUUACACUGACAUAUUAAGACUACUCUCGGUAAAACCCCUACUCUACAGCUAAUAUUACACUGUCGUCAUAAGACUGCAUUGUGGAAAAAGCUAUACUCAAAUUCAGCCGUUACACUGGCAUAUUAAAAGUACAAUAGGUAAGAUUUUUAAACAUUGUUACAAGACCAUUUGUCAUAAAUCUCUUCCUAUCAUUGAAAAAGGCUCACUGACAUGUUCACCCUCUGCCUGUGUUGGGUUUCAAAAUAUACAGUUGACGGCCCGACUCUACCAAAACAUUGUAUAACUGUACAAUAAUUCAAGCUCAUUGGUUGAAAAUUGGUUCUAACUGCCACAGCCAAUGGCAUUUCAAUGUCAGCACGUUUACAGAGAAAAGAGAGGGAUAAACAUUGUUGUGGUUUCAAGGUGUUUGUUGCUGCUAUUCCUCUCUUGACCGUUAGAAGUCUGAAUUUACCUAUUGUACCUUUAACACAGCACUCUGGGUAAAAGCCCCUCUCAGAGGCAAGUAUUUCACUGAGGUAGUAAUACUGUGUUCUGCUGUAUGGUAGGAAAAACCCUACUCAGUCAACUUUUACACAAGUGUAUGAGUUUACUCUGGGGAAAAAACUCCACUGCAGCAGCUACACUGUUCUUUUAGGGGUAAAAGCUCUGCUUUAAAAUUGCAUCGUUGUGCUAAUGCUGCACCCUGGAUGGAACACCCUCACCACAGAUAUUAACGCAGAUAACAGUAUUAACACCAUAUCCAGGGUAUGCAGUCCGCAAAAAGAAAAUGAGGUGACACUUUAUUUGAAGGCUGUGUGCAUAACUGAUAUGUCAAAUGAUAUAGCACUUUAUGACAACUGACAUUGCCAUUCUGUGUAUUCCACUUUCCAAACUGACAUUUGGUUUUUAACGACAUGACAUAGUUGUCAACCUGGACAGAUUCGAAAAUAUAAUAUUUUUAAACAAAGGGCAAUAUCCAGUGGCACCAGUGUUAUGUAGCAUUUCUAAGACCUAUAUAUAUAUAUAUAUACUUGAUAUAUGGCCUUCAAAUAAAGUGUAACUGAAAAUGAUUACAUUGCUGUAUACACAGGGUGCCUAUUCCAACGUGCUGCCAUUUUGUAUGAGUGAAUAUGCAUGCAAUAAGGCUAGUGUAAGGUGUAAAUUAAUAUUUGUCCUCAGUUCUAAAGGGAAAACAUACUCUGGUCUUCUGGAUUUUUCUAUUCAUCCUAUAUGCUGUAUGGUUAUAUUGUGUACAGUAUGUAGUUAUACUACUUGGAACAUAGUGUUAAGCUUUACAUACAUACAAUAACUGUGAAAUAGUAUCAUUUAUGUGGAAAUAUACAGUUCAUUGCUUUCAUUACCAAACUAUUUUUCUACUACUUUUGCUUCACAACUGCUUAUUUUUAUAUUUCUUUUUACCAUUUGUUUGAAUGAAAUGUGACUGCAUAUCAAAGUGGUAAACAGUGUUGCCAAUCAAAAACUUCCUUGCUACUGUGAACCGACAACUAAUAGGCAGAUAGACAGUCUAUGUUCAUCUAUUCUUUUUCAGGGAUUGGCGGAGAAAGUUGUUUCAUUAUUGUUUUCUCUUGUGGUUGCAGAGUGGAUUGAAAGUGAAGGAAUUUGGGGGGGGUUUUUUACGAGCAGUGAAUGUAAAUGAUUUGUUCAGUUAUAGUCUGCUUUUUAAUGGUAAAUACGCGCUAAGUUUCCUCUUUUCAACUGGUUGGUGCUGCUUUCUGUUUUAGAUACUUUAUUUUUUUGCUUCUUUGUCUGUUUUUACUUUUUUAGGUUUAGAUUUCUGCAAAAUACACAAAAAUGCAGCCUAAAUGAAAUCACAAUGUACCUUCUGCUGUGGUUGACAGGAGUCAAACAAAUUCACCCAUGGUUAUGAACAAAACAAAGAAACACCUGGGUUUAUUUGGUAGUCAAAGUUGACAUGCUCGAGGGCAC